AUGUGGUUCUUACAUGGUUAUUUUCUUCUUAUGGUUAGUGAGAGUUGGAACGCUCCAUCUUAUGGGUCUCCAGAUUUUAUCUACCCUUACAAAUUGAAGCGGUUGAAGAUUGCGAUGAAGGAUUGGAAUCUAAGGAUCUUUGGUAAUGUGCAUUCUCGUUUGAAAAAAGACCAACUUCGUUUCGAGACGACAACCCUUAUCUCGGAUGAAGGUCCAAGUAAUAUUGCUAAUCUGAAUGCAAUGAAGGACGCUAUGGCUACCUUAAGUGAAACUCGUUUGCAACAGAUGAAAAUGCUCAAGCAAAAAUCUCAUAAUAAUUGGUUGGUGAAGGGGUCAAAUUAUGACCAAUUGCGUGAUCAUGUUUUUCAUUACUAUGAAGACAAGUUCAAUGGUCAGGAGUUGGAUAUUGACAAUGAUUUAUUUGAUUUUGAGCAUGAUUCUAUUUUUGUUGAGGAAAGCCACGCCAUGGACAAGAUACCUUCUCCGGAGGAAAUUAGGCAAGCUGUCUUUGAUUUGGGGGCGGAUAGUGCUCCAGGGCCAGAUGGUUUCUCUGGUUGCUUCUAUCGUCAUUGUUGGGAUAUUUUUCAAGAAGAUUUAAUCAAGGCUAUUAUUCACUGUUGGAACUCCGGUCAUAUUCCAAAUGGUGUUAAUUCUUCUUUAAUAAUUUUGCUUGCUAAGGUGGCCUUUAUGAAAGGGAGGAAUAUUCAUGAAAAUAUUAGUUUGGCGUCGGAGAUGGUUAAUGAGCUUCAUUUUAAGCGCAAGCAUGGCAACAUUGGUCUCAAGCUUGAUAUUUCUCAAGCUUUCGACACGUCCGGAGGGUUAUUUCAAAAUUAA